CGGCACAGAAGAUCACAUCGGCAGUAUGAAUCGCGGUCAGCUGUUUUGGGUUCUGGGCGUUUUUGCCACUGGAAUUUCCCUUUCGGUGGGUUUUCCACAGGACGAACUAAUCAGGCCGAAUAGUGACGAAUCUGAUGUGAGUGGCAUUGGCUUCGUGACCCUCGAUGGAACCGCCAGCGAAGAGAGUGACGAAAGUGGACAAGGCAAUGCGUCCGAUGAUUUAAUAUUUUUGAGUCGUCAAAAACCAAAUCCGGUAAACAAUUCCGUUGAUUUGAGCGCCUUUGUUGCUCUGAUUCCCCUGCAAGAAGUCCAGACCAUAGCCGCCCAUUAUUAUCACCACGAUUCGGAGUUUCAACGGGACUAUGCCUUCCUCACCAGCAGUUUUUUUGCGGACAUCAAGCGGAAAAUACUUCAACUACCGGAAGUCCUGGAGUUCACCAACUAUCUGGGUGCCCACGGUCUAGAUGUGGUCCAGGUGAUGCAUUCCGUGGCAGGAGCGUUCAAACCCGCCAUUCUGACCUUCGCUGCGGUCAACGGGCCUACCAAAGCCACAACCAUCGAAGAUGGCAGCUCCGUCGCUAGAGAAGCACAGACUGGCCUCCAUGGGAUGGUGAAGAGGGUCCUGGAAAUUCUGCCGCAGGACCAACUGUACGCCCAGUUCUUCGACGAGUUUGAGAGCAACAAACAGUUCGCAGCAUUGGUCGACAGCAUUAGCAGUCCAAAGUUUGGCAAGAUUUUGAGCGGCUUGCAGAACUCAUUGCCACUGCGAAAUCUGCUACUCGUCAUGCACACGAACAACAUCUAUGUGGAGCGGAUUGUGGAGUCCGUAAAGUCGUACCUAUCCAUCUCCAGCUUUUAGUUUGCUUAAGUCUUGGGGGCUUAUCUUCAGCUCGCUGGUGGGUUAAAUGUGGCGAAUUAACUGCAAUAUUUUAAUUAGUUUUUGCUGCAUAUACUUCUAAGUUCAAAAUAUCAUUUCACCCUAAUUUUGUUUAUUAACAAUGUGGUAAAUAUCUUAUCACUGAGUGUCCCGUUUAUCUGCCACUUUUUGCCCACCAGGAGCACAGGAAAACGAGCCCCCAUUUAGUGUGUAAUAAACGGAAG